AAGGAAAAAGAAAGACGGUUCCAGGGAGGGUGACCAUGCAUCGGGCCAUAUGGCCAUGACUGACGAAGGAAUGGCACUCAUAUCUAUAGAUGACAUUGUCCCCGUACAUUGUGUUUUUAAUUUAUGGGCACUUACUUUCACCCAAGAUGGAAACCCAAAUGACCACAAUACCCUUUUUCCGUGUUUUCUUGUUUGUCAAGUGUCUCUAGCUAGAGCCAAGGGGGAAUCAGCCAUGGAAGCAAAACUCAAACCCCCAACUUGUACAUGGUUCCCAUGCACGAGCAAACCACAGCCAAGUUUUCCUGUAAAACAACGUGUAAGCUCUUACCCUGGCCCUCUAAACUUCUAUAAAUACCACCGCUUGUUCCUGCAUUGCUCACCGACAUUCUAAGCCAUAUUUCUUCCCCUUCCUACCUAGAAGAUUCCUUUUUUCCAUGGCUCCAAGCAUAACCAAAAAUGCCCUGGAUGCAAUGGGGCUUGUUUAUGAUGGUCAAUUAUCCACGUCAAUAACUUUGGAAGGAUCAAACUUCCUUGCUAAUGGUGAACCCAUUCUCACUGAAGUCCCUGCGAACAUUGUAGCCACCCCAUCACCGUUUUGUUCCGCAGACAAGGCCAAGAGCACCGUAGGUUGCUUUGUUGGGUUCGAUGUCGAGGAGCCAAAGAGCCGACACGUGGUUCCCAUAGGCAAGCUGAGUGGCAUAAGGUUCAUGAGCAUUUUCAGGUUCAAAGUCUGGUGGACCACCCAUUGGGUUGGAAGUAGUGGAAAAGACGUGGAGAAUGAUACUCAGAUGAUGAUGUUGGACAAAAAGGAGUCCGGGCGUCCUUAUGUUCUGCUGCUUCCACUCCUGGAAGGGCCGUUCAGGGCUUCUCUCCAGCCUGGAGUUGGUGAUCAGAACGUGGAUAUCUGCGUGGAGAGUGGGUCCACGCAGGUUUGUGGUUCCAGCUUCAGGAGUUGUCUGUACAUGCAUGUCGGUGAUGAUCCCUAUAGUCUCGUCAAGGAGGCCAUGAAGGUAGCCAGGGUCCAUCUGGGGACCUUCAGGCUUCUUGACGAGAAAACCCCGCCAGGUAUAGUAGAUAAAUUCGGUUGGUGCACUUGGGAUGCAUUUUACCUUAAAGUACACCCUAAAGGUGUAUGGGAAGGGGUCAAGGGCCUCGUGGAGGGUGGGUGCCCUCCAGGGAUGGUCCUUAUUGAUGAUGGAUGGCAGUCCAUUUGUCAUGAUGAUGACCCCAUCAGUGAUCAAGAAGGCAUAAAUCGAACUUCUGCUGGUGAACAAAUGCCCUGUAGGCUCAUAAAAUUUGAAGAGAACUAUAAAUUUAGGGAGUAUGAAAGCACUAAAUCACCUAUUAAGAAGGGCAUGGGUGCCUUCAUUAAGGACAUAAAGGAAGAGUUUAAGACCAUAGAGCAUGUAUACGUGUGGCAUGCAUUAUGUGGAUAUUGGGGUGGGAUUAGACCCAAUGUCCCAGGAAUGCCUCCUGCAGAGGUCAUUACUCCUAAAUUGUCCCAGGGCUUGCUGAUGACAAUGGAGGAUUUAGCUGUAGACAAGAUCGUUAAUAAUGGUGUAGGAUUGGUCCCACCGGAACUGGUUCACAAGAUGUACGAAGGACUUCACUCUUAUCUUGAAUCCCUGGGGAUUGAUGGCGUCAAGGUUGAUGUGAUUCAUCUGCUUGAGAUGCUUGCAGAGGAGUUUGGCGGACGUGUGGAUCUGGCCAAAGCUUAUUACAAGGCUCUAACAGCUUCAGUGAGGAGACAUUUCAAAGGAAAUGGUGUUAUUGCUAGCAUGCAGCACUGCAAUGACUUCUUUUUUCUAGGAACAGAGACCAUAUCCCUCGUUCGUGUUGGUGAUGAUUUCUGGUGCACUGACCCCUCAGGCGACCCAAACGGGACAUAUUGGCUUCAGGGCUGCCACAUGGUGCAUUGUGCCUACAACAGCUUGUGGAUGGGCAACUUCAUACAACCAGAUUGGGACAUGUUCCAAUCAACUCACCAAUGUGCUGAAUUCCAUGCCGCAUCCCGAGCUAUGUCUGGUGGACCUAUUUAUGUAAGUGAUUCUGUCGGACAACACAAUUUCAAGGUGCUGAAGAGCCUGGUAUUGCCUGAUGGGUCCAUCUUGAGAUGCCAACACUACGCUCUUCCAACGAGAGAUUGCCUGUUUGAAGACCCGUUGCAUGAUGGGAAAACUAUGCUCAAGAUUUGGAACCUCAAUAAAUAUACAGGAGUUCUAGGACUGUUCAACUGUCAAGGGGGAGGGUGGUCUCGUGAAUCUCGGAGAAACGAGAGCGCCUCCCAGUUUUCAAGCAUGGUAGGCUGCUUCGCAAGCCCAAAAGACAUCGAAUGGAGCCAUGGCAAGAACCCAAUUUCUGUAAAAAGUGUGAGCAUCUUUGCUGUAUAUAUGUUGCAGAAAAGGAAGCUGAAGCUGAUGAAACAAUCAGACAAAGUAGAGGUUUCACUCGAACCAUUCGAUUACGAGCUACUCACUGUCUCUCCUGUGACAGUCUUACCAAGAAGACGGAUCCAAUUUGCUCCCAUCGGCUUAGUGAACAUGCUUAAUUCCGGUGGUGCAAUUCAGUCGAUGGUCUUCGAUGAUGGCGAAGGUUUGGUAAGAAUUGGAGUAAAAGGAAGUGGAGAAAUGAGGGUGUUCGCUUCAGAUAAGCCAAGUACUUGCAAAAUUGAUGGGGUUCCUGUCAAGUUUGAUUAUGAUGAGCAGAUGGUUACAAUUCACGUCCCAUGGCCUAACUCUUCAAGUUUAUCAAAUGUCGAGUACCUGAUUUAAGAAUUCAGCUCCCCCUAAAACAAAGACUGCUUGUUUUGAAUGGGAAGAAAAAAAAGGGAAAAUCUUGUUUGAUCAAAAAAUCAAUCAAUCUCUCGCUAUACUUAAUUCAUGGUACAGCACCUUGAGAUUAUCUUAUCUCUCUGCAAUGGAGGACAAUUUUUCCAACAUACAUCAAGCUUUUCUGUGAUCUCUUAUAUGGAUCAAUUAAUCAGUCGAAUAAAAAUCCUUUUGUCUUUA